AUUUGUAGGCGUUUUUUUAUGUUAGUGUGCGAAUUGAUGUGUUGCGAAUGACUUGUGGACUGUCACGAAAUCAAAUUUUUCUGUCCAAUCGGCCGAUCAAAUUGUACAAAGUGUUUUCAUUUCUUUUCCGUGCGAAAAAUAGCAAAGUGAUUGGGGCUAGAAACCCCUUUAUUUGAAGAGAAAAAAAAAGUUAGAAACAUACUCGAGUGUAUUCUCUGUGUACGUGAAGCAAAAAAAAGGAAGAAGAAAAAUUACUGAAGUGUUGUUGAACCGAAUAUAAUUGAGAAGAAGAGAAAAAAAUGGCUGGACAGACAAUAAACGAUAGAUUGUUGGCUGCACGGCAUAGCUUAGCCGGACAGGGCUUGGCUAAGUCCGUAUGUAAGGCCACCACAGAAGAGAUGAUUGGACCGAAAAAGAAGCAUUUAGAUUAUCUAGUCCACUGUACAAAUGAACCCAAUGUAUCAAUACCACAUUUGGCCAAUUUAUUGGUCGAAAGAACACAGAACGCAAAUUGGGUUGUUGUAUAUAAAUCCCUGUUGACAGUACAUCACCUAUUAGCAUAUGGAAAUGAGAGAUUUAUGCAAUAUCUAGCGUCAAGUAAUUCGACAUUUAAUUUAAGCAAUUUCCUUGACAAAGGCGGCGUUCAAGGUACCGUGGGGGCUAGAAUUGGUUACGAUAUGUCACCGUUUAUACGACGCUAUGCAAAGUAUUUAAAUGAUAAGGCGCUAUCCUAUCGUACCGUUGCGUUCGACUUUUGCAAGGUGAAACGGGGGAAGGAGGAAGGCUCAUUGCGUACGAUGAAUGCUGACAAACUAUUAAAGACAUUACCAGUACUUCAAGCACAACUAGAUGGUCUAUUAGAGUUUGAUUGUACAGCAAAUGAUUUGACCAAUGGCGUCAUAAACAUGUGCUUUAUGCUACUUUUCCGAGAUUUAAUUCGUUUAUUUGCGUGUUACAACGAUGGUAUUAUAAAUUUAUUAGAAAAAUAUUUCGAUAUGAAUAAGAAACAAUGCAAGGAUGCGCUAGAUUUGUACAAAAAGUUUUUGGUUCGAAUGGAUCGGGUUGGUGAAUUUUUGAAAGUGGCUGAGAAUGUUGGCAUUGACAAAGGUGAAAUUCCAGAUCUGACAAAAGCGCCAAGUUCAUUACUUGAAGCGCUUGAAGGUCACCUAGCUUCUUUGGAGGGACGUAAAGGAUCCGCAGCAAAUACACCGACACAAUCGUCAAGUAGCAACCAAAAGAACGUAAAGAGUGGCGUAUCUGCCCUAUCUUCUACUAGCUCAUCAUUUGGUACGGCUGCAGCGUCGACACGAUUCGAUAAUCAUGCCAACGGCAUUGACGAAUCAUUAAAAGCACAAGCACUGGCCGAAGAAGAAGCCGCCAUGAACCAAUAUCGGCAAACAAAACUUACCUCACCCACCUCUGGCAUGGCAGCGGUCAAUAAUCCGUUCCUCUCGUCACCGCCAGCCACUCAAGGCAAUAUUGUCGAUCUAUUCGGUGGCGGUAGUUUGCCAACAGAUCCGAAUCAAUCGGCAUACUCAUCGAAAGCGUCCGAUGAUCUGUUGCAAUUGGGUAAUCCAUUCGCGGAUAUGUUCGGUUCACCAGCUCCGCCAGCACAGAGUGUUGCACCGGCGACUGGCGGCAACAAUAUGUGGAUGGGAAAUGGAUUCAAUGGAUCUGCUGGCAAUCAAAACUCAUCGACCAAUCAAUUUGUGUCAGAUAGCAAUUUUUCGUCCGUUUUUGGUGCAUCUGAACCUGUCGGGCCAUAUUACUACUUGCACGCAGCCACGGACACAACGUUGCCGAAUCCAUUUUUAAUGAAUGACAUUCCGGCACCAUCAUCAGCACCAGGUUUCGAUGCAUUGGGUGAUGUGUUGAAACCGGCUUCAUCGACCGGCGGUGGCCCUAUUCAACAAGGAAACAUUCUUGCCGCAGGUGUUGGACAACAGCAAAUGGUGCCACAGCCUGCAAGUACCGGCAAAGUACUUACUGGUGAUUUGGACAGUUCGUUGGCAUCGUUGGCAGAGAAUUUGACGAUAAACAAAUCGGCAUCGGCGCAAGUCAAGGGAGUUAACUGGAAUUCACCGAAAAAUGCAGCCAAACCCGGCUCAGCUGGUUGGACACCACAACCGAUGGCCGCUACAACUGGAGCUGGAUACAAACCUAUGGCGCAAGGCAUGACUGUAAGUCCCGCUCCCAGCACUUUACACCAUCCGUUCGUACACGCUUCCUUUCACUCGACGCCACCGUAUGCACAGCAAGGCAUGCCAAUGCGACCACCGCUAACUGGUAUGCCAAUGACUGGUCAACCGAUGAUGCCACCUAAUAUGAUGCCAAUGGGCAUGCAACCGCAACAGCCCAUGAUGAUGCAACCGACCAUGAUGCAACCGCAACCAGUGUCCCACGAUCAGAACGGCGGCCAGAACGUGAAACUCGAUCCAUUUGGUGCAUUUUAAAAAUGGAUAUGCCAAAAAAAGAGAGAAACGAACGUAGAAGAGAAUCAAAAGAAGAAAUCAACAUUUUGCCACGAACGUAUAUCUGGAAUUAUUUAACGGAUUAUUGCUGUGUACGUUUCUACUAAACGAUUUUGUGCGAGAAGGAAAAGGGAAAUGUAAUUUUACUAAAUUUCAUCAAAUGAAAUCGGUGGAAAUGAUAAACGAAACGGAUGGAAAUCUAAAUCGGUUAGGAAGUUUAAAUUAUUUUGUGUACAAGAAAAAGGGUAGUUUUGAUGAAAGUAUAUUGGAAGUGGAUGGUUAGAGACACGAAUAUAAUGUUGCGUAUAAAUUUAAUUUUUGUAUUGAUGGAAUCCGAUAGAGUUUUAACGAUUCAUCAGCGAUAAUUCAGUGCUUUCAUUUCAGUUAAAAGAAUUGAUUUAAAAUUGAUAAACAGUGCAACGGUAAAGAAAAUUUAAUUUUCGUUUUAAAAACGAUUUUUUUUGUUUUUAAUAUUAAUUAAGUUAAAGAGGAAAAGAUAAUGAAAAAUUCAAAGUAACACUGAAAAUUGAUUUGAUUUUUUGAAUCAUUUUUAUUUUGUAUUUUGUAUAGAAAAUUUAUUAAGAAUAUUAUUCUGCGAUUUAUCCCCGGGGAUGUCACACAGCUAUAAAACAAGGUCCCUAAAUAUUAUGAUGUGUAUAUGAUUAUAAAUACAAAAUUGAUAAAAAGAAAUAUAGUUCGUAAGAGUUAUGAAAAGCAUUGCAUAAAAUUAAUUUAAAUAAACAAAAAAA